CGUGAGUUGGCAGUACAAUAACAGAAAGCACACCGUAUCCGUAAGACCUAAACUGCUACAGAAGUGGAGGCUUAGCCUAUCAAUUACUUCCAGAAGAAAUCAAAAUGCCGCCGAAAGUCGGAGUCGAUAUCUCCGGCGAUAAGGAGAAGGAGGCGCAGCUCAUUGCGAAAGCUAAUGAACUCGUGGACGAAGGGAUCGACCUAGGCGGGUCCUUCGCGAAGCGUAUUCUGUCUCGCACUGCUUUCGCUGAGCUGCUCAGCGACGAAGAGAAGCGUCACUUGGUCGGGAUUCGCAUGGCUGCCCAGGACCUAAACUUCGC